AUGGCUUCUCCAUCUAAUCUUCCAAAUAUUACUCACUCCUCUGGAAGAACUCUUAUUUCUUUUAAUGCGACUCAAUUUCCAUUGAAAUUGACGCAGGAGAACUAUCCCGCUUGGCGUGCCCAAGUUGUCCCUAUUCUUAACGGGCAUAAUCUAAUGGGAUACGUGGAUCAAUCCCUUAAAUGUCCAUCUCUGAUUGUUUGUACUAAUGAUAAAGAUGAAGUUAAUAAAGACUAUGAGGUUUGGAUUUGUCAAGACCAACUCAUCUUGGCUGCCAUUAUUGCAGCAAUAAGCUUCUCCGCAAUGCAUAUUGUUUCUUCAACCGAGUCUUUUGCUGAUGCUUGGGAAAAAAUUCAGAAAUCUUGUGCCAAUAAAUCGGCUACAAGGAUUCUUUCUCUCAAAGACAAGCUGGCCAAUUUUAAAAGAGAAUCUCGUUCUAUUUUUGAGUAUUUGCAAAUGGUGAACGCAAUUUCAGAAGAUUUAGCACUAUCUAGAAAUCCAAUUUCAGAUGUUGAUCUGGUAGUCCGUGUUCUAAAUGGUGUGGGCCCUGAAUACUGUGAUAUAGCAGCAAUUGUUCGAGCUCAUGAUACUAUUAUUUCCUUUGAAGAGCUGCAGGACAAACUCCAAGCUCACGAGCUGUAUCUUAAAACGGUCGAUCCUUCGUUUGAUUCCUCGCCAAUUACAGCUAAUGUUGCACAGAAAGGAACACAUGUUCGACAAAAUUCUAAAGGUCAAAAUCAGGGGAUUUCGACUAAGAGCAUUAACUAUGGAGGCAAUCAAAAUUCUUCUGAAAAUAUAACACGGUACUGCAGGGGUUCUAGUGGCUCACGUGUUAUUUGCCAGAUCUGUGAAAGACCUGGGUAUAUAGCUAAACAAUGCUUCGGUGCUAAGGAUUAUUUCAAAGAUAACUUUCCUAUGCCACGAGCUCAUCAUGCUGCUACUCCAAAGUCCUCAGAAUUGGAUUCUUGA